AUGGUUACUCCUACUUACAGCAAUAACCUCUUGAGGUGCAUCACCUCAAGCCAGGUGUGCAAGUCAUUCGGCAUCAAGGUGUCGUCGAACGCACAGAUUGUCCAAGUCGCACGCCAUGCCGGAUUCGACUCACUGUUCAUCGACCUUGAACAUGGCUGGUUAACGCUAGCCGAGGCAAGCAACCUUUGCAAUGUUGGACAUUUGGCAGGCAUUACGCCGUUCGUACGUGUACCGCAUCAAUGCGGUAAUGGAUUCGUCCAGCGGGUACUUGAUGGCGGUGCGAUGGGUGUGGUAUUUCCCCACAUCCAAAAUGCAGAUGAGGCCAGAGCGGCAGUAAACAUCUGCAAAUACCCUCCACAAGGAUGUCGCUCGAUGACUGGAACCAUGCCGCUGUUCAACAUGCGCUCCACCUCGAUUGCGGAGGCUAUUGAAUUCGGCAACAAGUAUGGCUCUACAGUGUUCACCAUGGUCGAGAGCGGAGAAGCCGUCAAAAAUGCGGAUGAGAUCGCGGCGAUUGAGGGCGUGGAUGUUCUGCUUGUCGGAUCCAAUGACUUGAGCAUCGACAUCGGAGUCCCCGGUGACUUCGAGAGCCAGGCCUACCGUUCCUCACUGGAGAAGGUGAGCGCGGCCUGCAAAAAGCACAACAAGAUAUUCGGCGUGGCGGGCGUUUACGACGACCCCAAAAUCCACGACUGGUUCAUCAACGUCUUGGGCGCGAGGUUUCUCCUCGUUCAGCAAGACCUGUCGUUGAUUUCCGGAGGCGGACGCAGGGCUGCUGGAGCCGUACCUCAGGUGCACUUGUGA